CAUAAAGAAACAAACAAAUAUACUUAUAUUGUCCGUAUUUUGUUAACAAUUUAUUGAAUUGACAAAAUUGAUUUAUUAACGCUUAAAUUUAAUUAAUUUUAAUUGCGGUAUCAAGCAACUCUAAUAUGAGCGUUGUGGUAGUAAUCAACGCAAAUAAAAACGUUUCUAAGACUCUGAACUAAAAGGUGGAAAGGAACUUUCAAAAAUUUCAAGCUCAAUUACUGGCUGUCCAAAGGAAAGCAGUGCGGGAAAUAAUGAACUUAUCGCAAUGUCGGAAACCAUGUCGGGCGAUAACCAAGUUUUACUAAAAGGGCAUUCCUCCCAGUAUUUGAAACUUAACGUUGGUGGUCGCUUGUAUUAUACCACAAUUGGAACACUAACUAAAAAUAAUGACACUAUGUUAAGCGCAAUGUUUAGUGGUCGGAUGGAGGUACUGACUGAUUCGGAAGGAUGGAUUUUAAUCGACCGAUGUGGAAAUCAUUUCGGUAUCAUACUCAAUUUUUUAAGAGACGGUGCUGUUCCGCUGCCUGAAACUAACAAAGAAAUUGCUGAACUGCUUGCUGAGGCAAAAUACUACUGCAUUACAGAGCUGGCUAUGUCUUGUGAACGAGCACUAUUUUCACACCAGGAACCCAAGCCAAUUUGUCGCAUUCCUUUAAUAACUUCCCAAAAGGAAGAACAACUUUUGAUUAGUGUAUCUUCAAAACCUGCUGUUAUUCUUGUGGUACAGCGCCAGAAUAACAAAUAUUCAUACACAAGUACUUCAGAUGACAACUUACUAAAAAAUAUUGAACUUUUCGAUAAAUUAUCGUUACGCUUUAAUGAACGAAUUUUGUUUAUUAAAGACGUGAUUGGGCCAAGUGAAAUCUGCUGCUGGUCAUUUUACGGACAUGGCAAGAAAGUAGCGGAAGUCUGUUGCACUUCCAUAGUUUAUGCAACAGAUAGGAAGCACACCAAAGUGGAAUUUCCGGAAGCUCGAAUAUACGAGGAAACGCUGCAGGUCUUACUUUAUGAAAAUCGCAAUGCUCCCGACCAAGAGCUCAUGCAAGCGACAUCUUCAGCACGAGUAGGAAGUAUUGGAGGAUCCAGCAUGCAUCAGUAUACAAGCGACGAGGAGGAAGAACGCACUGGGCUGGCGCGAUUACGAUCCAAUAAGCGUAAUAACCCAUCCUGACUUAAGCAAAUGUUUUUGAUUAUAUAUAUUUGAUUGAUCUUAAAAAAAAAUAAUUUUAUUUUAAAAGAAAAUUACCAUUUUACUAGAAAGUUUUAAAGGGUUUAUACUCUAUGACAAAGGAACAAUAUCACAUUUUCAUUUUUACAUGUCUGUGGCAGAUAACAAGUUUGGGUUAAAUUCACUUGCUCAGUUUUGCUCUCCUUCUCUUUUUUGUUUACAUGCUCGCUUUUGCUCUCUAGUUUUUAUAUUCUGAAUUUGUGCUUCAAACAAAAACACAUCUUAUCUAUGUAAAAAUAUAGUGACGAUUGCACAUUUAACCAAUAAAAGUUCUAAUAUAAUCUUUUGUGACGAAAAUGUAUUAUAAGACCUACUAAAUAAAUACACUUUCUACAUU